AUGACUUUCUUUUGGAUAUGGUUUCUUAACUUCUUAUGGUUAAGUUUUAUAUCAUGCAAUAUUCCACUAGCUAAUCAGGUAACUAUUUCAUCACAUGACUAUAAAUAUAUGUCGAGGAUUGGUAAUAUAAAACCUUUACAAUUAGAUAUAUUUGGAAGUUACAGACGAACUGAAUAUCCUAUAUAUACUGUAAUAUUUCUACAUGGAUAUGCUACUCCAUAUUCUAUAUAUCUUGAUUUAACGCGAAGGUUCUUCAUAAAAUUGACCCGUCAUUUAGAUCAUUACGACCAAAGGUUUAGUGAUAAUGUCCACUUAAUAUCUCCAGAUUGGCUUAGUCCAAUUGAUAAAGAACUUAGUAAUUUAACCACUCACGAAGUUCUAUCUUUUAGAGGAGGUCGUCCUAGAAGAGAUGUUUAUUUAACUGUUGUUGCUAGUAUUAUAGCUUUUAUAAACAGUUUGUAUAGGAAAGGAGUUAUUACAUCUAUGGAUAAAACUGCAAUUUAUGGAAACUGCGUAGGAGGAGUUAUUGGAGGAGCUGCAGCUUUAGGUGUGAAAUAUCCCUUAGGAGCUGUAGUAUUAAAUAGUUCUGGCAUCUUUCAUCUUGAGUUGAUUUAUAGAGUUAUUUUGAGAACACAGAAUCUUAAAGCUCACUUUUUACUCAUUAGUGGUGAUCGUGAUUCACUUAUUGACUACAAACUUGCAGAGGCUACAGAAGAAGUAUUGAGGACUUGGGGAGCUAAAGAUGUUACAUUCAUAAAACUUAGGACGAACCACUUUGAAACUAUGAUUAAAUAUAUAUAUACUGGCUUUAGAUUUAUAGCUUCAGUACUAUUAUCUAGACCUGAGAUAUUCCGCCCGGAUGAUUCUAACGAUACAGAGCUAGUUCUUAUGACUAUAAAAAAAGUUCCUGAUAGAAAGUCUAUAGUUCCCAUUGUACCAAUGACAAAUAAAACUACAGAUGUUACUGAAGGUAUUCAAGUGUACUCUAAGUCACUUUCUUCCGCUCCGUUAAAUUCAACUGACUUAAAUAUUACAGGUAUCCCAAGAACAUGGGAAAACCUCAUAAAUACGACUUUUAAAUUUAGUGAUUCAAUAGAAUCUCCCGAAUAG